AUGAGGCAGAGCAGCCUUGGGCUAGCCGGCAUCAAGGGGCAGCACCUCUCGGGACGCGUUGGGGCAGUGGAGGAAUCUCAAGAGGUAAUGGAGUUUGUGAAGGCAGGGAGGGAUAUUUUGGAAUUCCAGGCAGCUAAUGUAAAAGAGAUUGGGGAGGCGCGCCAAAGAUCCCGUGACCUGGUGCAUGGCCUUCCUCGCAUGUUGGAAUUGCGGCGCCGGAUCGAGGAGAAGAACAAGCUGGUGAAGCAAGUGGCCAUGAGUGGGAACUAUGGCUAUGGGGGACUGGUAGACAUGAGAGACAUAUCAAAUGAAUGGGACACCUUCACGGCCCAGCUUCAGCAGCAUGGGGAAACACUCGAAGAGCGCCAGGACCAGCUGCGACGGCAAAUAUUAAAACAGAUCGACGAGUUCAAGGAGCGUUUGGAAGGAUUUUCUUAUAGGUGGAGAGAGCUCAUGCCAAAGAGCACGCACCGAGGGGAUCCAAAACUGAUACUUGUGAGGAUCGAAGAAGUUGCACAAACGUUAGCUGAGUUCAAGGAAGAGGCAAGCCAAUAUGAGGCGGACUGCCAGCAUUUCAGCAUGGACCCGCCAGACUUCUCAACUUUGGAGAACGUCUCUAACGGAAUCGAGAGUGCCAAAGAAGCAUGGAGCAGAUACGGAUCAUUUCUCGAGGAGAGGGACGAACUUGCCUCUCAGGAUUGGCUGUCCUUGAGGGAUAAGAUGUGGAAGAUAGAUGAUUUUCUGAUGAAGUGGUCGAGGCAGAUGGAAAAUUCAAUGGAUGAUCCAGUGUCACUUAUUGUGAUGAGAGAAGUAGACAAGUACGGCAGGUGUCUGCCGUACCUCAAACACGUCAAGGGAAAUGGAUGGGACAGAAAGCACUGGCUGUUGCUGUUUGGAAUGCUGGGGAUUCAAACGAGUGGCCCCAGUGCUGUGUGCCUUGAAAACCUGACUCUGUCAAUUUUUUUGAACAAAGCGGAUGCCUUGAUACAAAAAUCGGAGAGAAUCCAGGAGCUUGACUCUCAGGCACAAGGAGAAGCCGUGCUCCACAAGGCUCUCGAUGAGCUCAACACUUGGGGAUACCAGAGGAAAUUCAGCCUCAUGAAGCACAGCACAGAAAAGAAAGAGAGGAAUCUGGUCCUCAUUAAAGAAUGGAAAGAUCUCGUGACAGAAGUUGGCGAUCAUCAAAGCCUCGUGUCAAGCCUGAGGGCAUCUCCAUACUUCAGCGUCCUCAAGGUGGAACCGCUGGUUGCAAGAUUUGCAGAUCUCGCCCGCAUGCGAGAUAACUUACCCCAGCUGUCCUCCCAGCUGGACAUAUGUCAAAGAGCUCUGUCGGACUUCCUGGAGGAAAAGCGAUCUGCAUUUGCGAGGCUCUAUUUCAUUGGAGACGGCGACCUUCUGGAGAUCCUGGGGCAGCCGAAGAACCCGGCCAUCAUACAGUCCCAUUUGAAGAAAAUAUUUGCUGGAAUUCAUAACGUUCAAUUCGAGAAAGGAGGAUCCCAAAUAGAGGCGAUUUUAUCAGCAGACGGUGAACGUGUUGAAUUGAUCCGCCCCGUGUUGCUGGACAGCAAUGUGGAGAACUGGCUGGGAGAACUCCUUCGUGCUGUGCAUGCCACUCUCGCAACUUCUCUUGCCACAGAAAUGGAAAGCAGCGAUUUCAAAGCCAACCCAAGCCAGGUGCUGUGCCUGGCAGAGGGAAUUCGUUUCAGCGAGGGAAUGGAGAAGGCCAUUAGGUCUGGUACUGUGGCACAAUUUUCCAAGCAGCUGAGAAGCCAGCUAGAGGAGUACACGGCCUCUGACUGGACCGGAUAUCGAAUUAUGCAGCUGAAGGUUCAGUCCUUAGUUCUGGACCUCAUUCACUACCUGGAAGUCGCGGAUGCGUUGACGCAAGAGGGCACAUCCGACUUGGAGGAUUGGGCGUGGGCGAAGCAGUUGAAGUAUCGCCGACAGGUGAUCUGA